GACGUUUGUUCAGUCGCAAAUCGCAAUAACGAAGCUGUUUCCACUACGUCAGUGUACAACAACAUAAACACUGUGCAGAGGUCUUUAUUCUGAUUUUACACACACACGAACACAUCAACACAAUCCCACGAAUCAUACCUGUAACAGCACUGCAGUUCCGUGAACGUUACGUGUGGCAAUUGAUCGCAGACCGCAGUCUAUUGCUUUCUGACUUCUGUCUUGUGCGCUGUUGUAAAAUAGUCACAACUUUCGUCUGCGUUCAGUUUCUCUGACGGUUCUUUCAUUAUUUGUAUUGUUGUUMGUACACAAUACCASACCCCCACAUUCAUCACCGCCAUCGUACACAUUUUGACAAAAUGGUCUUGUUGAAAACAACUGUGGUCGUCCUCCUGGCCGUCGCAUGCGUCUCCGCYGUUAGUGUGCCCGCCGCCGUCAAGGCGUCGAAGGAACACGUCAAGCUCAACAGUGGUCUGUCAACAAAUCCUGAACCAACUGAAGUAUCUCUAUCUGAAAAUAAUGCAACUAUUUUUACGCCUAACACAACAACGACUACUUUAAAACCAACUACAACCCCAWUACCAACUACAACUCCAGCAUCAACCACAACUCCAGCAUCAACCACAACUCCAAAACCAUCGUCAACUACUACAUCACCAAAUGUAACUACUACUACACCCAGUUCAAAUGUGACAACAUCUACACAAAGUCCAGAUGUUACAACAACAACGCUGAGUCCAAAUGUUACGACUACUAUUCCUCCUACUCCAGAACCAUCUCCUGCUAGAAGUUGGGAUGGCCCAAGUUUCUUAGGUGGCAUGGUCCUAGCUUUUGGUAUUGUAGCAGUUGGAUUUGUUGGAUACCGAUUCUUCUACUUGGGACGCGGUGGUGCCUAUCAUACUUUGUGAACAUUGAUAAUCUGAUCAAAUUAUAAAAAAUAUAAUAUUUUUUUUUUAUAUAUGAAAUAUAUAGGGCUAUUUAAUAAAUUCAAAAACCUAUAUAAAUUAUAAAUGUAAAAAUAUUUUACAGAUUAAUUAUUUAAAAAAUAGAGCACCCUUUCUCAAAAUUCAGUGCUCAUUAUUUAUUUUUUAGUGGCAUAUUUAAAUGCUUCAUGCAAAAUUAGGAAUUUGGAAAUCCAUCGUAGGUAUUAGUAUUGUUUGUUCAGUUCAUAUUUGUUUUUUUUUUUUUUUUAAUAAUGAAUUGUCAACAUUUGACAAAUUGUUCUUAUUCAAUUUAUUUUGGUGAUAACUAAUGUAAAAUUAUUUUUUAAGUAUUUUUUUAUAUAAUUAAACGCUGUAA